AAGCUAGCUGGCAACUCUGUUAGUCGGUCGUUAUGGUGUUUUCGUAUAAAUCAGAUUUAGUUCUCAAAGUAAAUAUUGUUAUAAUUAUUGUGCUGUUCGUAACAUCCCAAGUUUCUGGGAAUCAAAAUUCAUCAAUCGCAAUGACUCAAUUAUUUGCGUGCAGUUUCGAAGUCUUUGGACAAGUACAAGGCGUUUUCUUUCGGAAGUACACAGAAAAGCAGGCGAAUGAACUGGGAGUCCGCGGUUGGUGCAUGAACACCCCGAACGGCACAGUAAGGGGCGAAUUGGAAGCUCCUCUAGCACCGCUUAAUGAAAUGAAGGAUUGGCUCCAGAACAAAGGUAGCCCCAAUUCGAAGAUUGAAAACGCCGUAUUUUCGCCAACCAAGAAGAUUGAGAACUAUAGCUUCAACAAGUUCACAGUAAUACGUUAACCAGAUGUGGUGUUCUAUCUGCGAAGCGGUCCUAUUUAUAUUUGAGGCUCCAUCAGUUGAUCUAUUGGUGUAUAAUACUCAGAGGCCCCCUUAAAAUGUGUAGAAAUCUAGAAGGGCUGAUUAAUGAUAAUUAAGCGAUGCUUGUUGUUAAAAUUAAAAGUCAAGAAUCAAUAUAAUAUUAUUAAUAUUUAUUCACAUUGUAAGAACCAUUAAAAUCCAUCCCAGUAAAAACAAUAACAAACAUAUUGCUUAUUUGCGAGCAGAGUUGCAUUUUAUGUAGUAGCAUUUGGUCACGGUUAGGGGUUGCCAUUUGUGACUGAGUAACGAUUUAAAGUAACCAUUUGUCAAGACAUCUCACUUACACGCAUUGCAACACUGAUGCGGAAUUGCCCAUGUAGCGCCAUAAGUAAGAACGAGACAGCCGUAUGAUCAGCAUGCGUACUUUGGUCUGGCAGCACAGAAACGAGUACAGCUCCGAAUACACGUCGUUUUGCCAAAAGCGUAGCAGGGAGCAAAUGAAAAAAAUAUAUAAAUGAGGAAAAAAUUUAGUGAAAUAUUACCGACAAAUAAACCAAGCGCGAGCAACGCCGCUUUAGUAAAAAUC